AUGGCCAUGUUUGGUAUGGAUAAUGACAAAAAGACUCAACUUGUUCAAGAAGUAUAUCGGAGACCUUUGAUUUGGAAGGUGACUGAUCCUCGAUAUAGUGAUAUUCCUGCUCGUUGGCUUGCCUUUGAGGAAAUAGCACACGAACUGAGUGACGAUAAUUUAGUUUUCACCAGUGACAUGAUCAAAGUGGCUUGGAAAAAUAUGAUGGAUUACUACAACCAAAUACGGCGAAGACAUGAUCGAGCCGCUGCUGCUGGUGUUGAACCACCAGAUUCGAAGUGGCAGUUCUUUAGUUUGAUGCAUUUUACUCGGCAAGAUAAACCGCCUGUAAAAAGAAGAUACAAUUGGAUGGAGCCGUCAAAACUGCAAAUAUCUGCUAAUUAUGGAUCAUCGUAUGCCAAUAAUGCUGUUUCUUUAAGAGCGAAAACAAAAUAUGCGAGAUGUACAGCAACAAGAACAAAGGAAUCUGAAAAAGCACGUAUACGAGCUAGACGUGAAGCUUUACGUGAUUCAAAUGUAACGCAGUCAUCAGCAUCUCCUGUCGCAAAUGGCACUUUCAUUGGAACUCGUAUGGGGAAUAAAAUUUCUUAUGAUCGCACGAGAGCAGCUACUCGGACAGAAAUGGUUUCUACUUUAACAGAAACAAAUGAAACUAAUGGAACGUAUUCAGAAACCGAUGGAUGUCAAGAAGUAGUCAAAAGUGCAUUGUCUUUUCAUCCAAAUGGUACACAACAGAAAGAUAUUUGUUUACCUGAAUUCAGCAGUACUUCAGAAUUAUCUAAAUGUCACUCUAAUAUUCCAUCAAAAUCACCAAUCUCUCAGGAGGUAAAUAAGCAGCAUAAUGGUGUUGAUGGACAGUCUGUAAGAAGACAACCGAUAAAUGGUGUCGGUUCUUCGCUUGUUUUUGGAGAACAUGUUGCUACCAGAUUGUAUAAAAUCAAAGAGAAAUCUUUGGGGGAUUUUUAUCGAAUUUGUGACGCGCUUGAAAAGUUAUUAGAUGACGCUGAAACAGCGCUGGAUAUUGUUGAUACUGAUAUCAUAAUCAUUGAAUAG